CUACCACAUUCCCACUUCUCCCUCUCACUCUUCCAGGUACACGCCCUUUGACUUGUCAGGGGGGAAAAGUUUUAAGGGAAAGAAAAAAAAACCUAAAUCACGGAAGAGAUUCUGCUGUCCUACUAGUUUGGCAAGUUCUCUGGGCUCAAAGCGGCGUAGAAAGGCGGAGAAGAGGGCAGAAACUGAAAUUUGCGCACAUUUGUACACUUCUCUUGCACUGCGGACGGUAUACGAGGAGUCAUGGAAGAUGCCAUUCAGACACUGGUGAAGGUCUACCUAAAGUCGUCCAAGGGAAAAGAGUGUCUAGGAAAGAAAGAUUUCCAGGGCCUUGUCAAGGGCCAGCUCUCCAACAUCCUCUCGGAUACAGACAGUAAGGAAGCAGUCAACAACUUGAUGACCCAGGAGUUGGACACCAACCAUGACGGCAAGGUCGGCUUUGAGGAGUACAUGAAGCUGGUCGGAUACCUGGCAGUCUCGCUCAGUGAGGAGCGUACUCGCGCCAAAGAGGAACCGGCCCAAAAUGCUGCGUCUGAACAAGUGGUACUAACCACCCCAGACAAAGAAGAGGAGAAGCCGGAAGCGAACGCAGAGGCAAAGGAUGAAGCUAAACCGGAUGCGAAUCAAGAGCCAAAGGCAGAAGCUACCGCUGAGAUAAAGGUAAACGCAAACGCAGAUGGAAACAUAGAAGUAAAAGUAGAAGCCAAGGCAGACGGGGAGACUGAGCCGGAAGCAACAAAGGAGAGCCCAACAGAAGCUGCGGUGACGGCUGUGGCGACGGCGGUGGAGGCAGGGGCGACGGCAACGGCGACGGCAGCGGCAACGGCGGUGGAGGCAGCGGCGACGGCAGUGGAAAAUGCUGUGAACGAAGAGGAGAAAGCGGAGGAGACAGAAAAGGUGGAAGACGCUGCUGAGAAGCUGGCUGCAGCUGUGGAGGGAGAAGUGGAGAAGAAGAUUGAAGAGGCGACCUCAUAAGGGACAAUCAAUUCUUUCACCAAUGAUCACACCCACACGCUUACACACAACACUACACACAGCACGGGAUUAAUGCCAAACUAAAAUGAAAGCCACUAAAGAUAUUCAAAUGAAAAAAAAGUUUUGAUAAAAGCCCAAACACUACAAACCCAACUUUGAAGAAACCCAGUUAUUUUUAUAUGAUUAAUAACACAUGUACAUGACAGAUUAAUUAUUGCUUAGUACUACCACUAUGUUCAUAUGUACAGCAUGACCAUCCCACUAUAUAGCACAUUUACCUCAUGAUAUUCAACUAUGAUUGCAUGCAGACGUUCAUAUCAUAUGCAUGCCAUAUCCCUGUGAAAUCUUUACUGCAAAAUAUGAUUUACCUGCAGCAGCACACUGACUAAUGUGGUCAAUGUAUGUUAACACACCACUUAAGCCAAGAUGUUUUGUAAUCCUCUCUGUUUCCAUCUUUUUUUUUUUAUCUGGGUCUCUUUUCAACUUUGCUAUGCUACUUAGCUUAUUGUAUAUUUGACCUUGGUUAAACAGCAGCAGUGUACAUCGUGCUAAGCGGUAAUGGCUUAAAACAUUAGUUGGACGUGUGGGGGGGAAUGGUUUUCUUGUCGAGAGCUAGAUAAGAGUGUCAACAAAACUCUUAUUAGCCAUUGAAAAUGAAGUCACUGUUAGCAGCUGGUUAGCAAGCAUCAGAACUGUAACAAGCUAGCCUGUAACAAGCUAACUGUAACAAGCUAGCCUGGCUACAUCCAAAACUAAAAAAACAAAUUUUCAAGCACCUCUAAAGCACCCUUAUUAGCACAUUAUAUCUUUUUUUAUUAAUAUAAAAACUAAGUGUAAACAUGAGCUUUAGAGGUAAGCUAGCUGUUUCCCCUUGUAUAUGCAUGUGCUAGACUAUGCUAAUAAGCAGUAGCUUAUUUGCUCAUUAGCCCUGUUCAGACAGUCCAUUUAAGUUGCAAUAUUUACUCCACUGUGAUGUCUAGCCUUCAAUAUUGAAUGUCACAGAGGUGUGUGUGUGUAUGUGGAGCUACUGCUUUUUCCUAUCACCAAUAUUACGCCAUUUUGGAAUUAAUAUUAAUGCAAGAAUGCUUAAUGGCGACAGAGCUUAGCCUAUAAAUUACAACAUUUACAAGCUACCCUACAGCAACCUAUUCAACUUGUCAUAUCUUGUUUCUUUAAUCUGUUUAAAGCCAGAGUAAACAAGAUUAAACUACUCAGUUAAACCAUUUUAAAGAGUAAGCUUUCAAAGUUUUAAAGGCAAGCAUUCUUCCUGUUUCAAGCAUUUAUGCUAGUCUAGGUUGUCACCGGCUGUAGUUUAUUUUCUACUACACAAAUUUAAGAGUAUAGUAUCAAUCUUUUCAUCUGACUCUCGACAAGAAAAAAUGGCUGAUCUUUUUCCCAAAAGCUCAUACUAUUCCUAUGUGGGCUGCAUGAAAAAUCUGUCAAUAACACUAUUUUUUUUAACAUUUUCAUAUUUGAAUUCACAUUGCUAUGGAGCUGAUCUGGCAUGACAAUAAACAAAUUGUUUUGCUGAA